UCUGGUGGCCGGGACGUUGAUUCUGCUGUCCAGUUAUUACAAGCUAUAUGGGCGGCCACUCUUAUUCCAACCAAGGAACCCGGUCAACGAUUCCUGGACUAUAAACGACGAUCAGGACCACGUGGAGGAGGAAUUCAGCAGUCGUGGGAGUACUGAUGACCUCCUGACCUGGCCAGGAGAUCACAACCUGACGAGAGAGAAAGUCAUGCCAGAGUACCUCAAGAUGGAGACGCCUGACUCGCCCCCUGAUGAUCCUCCUCUUAAAAAAAUUCUGUUGUGGAAUGACAUGUACGGGAAGCCACACUACUUUUUCGGGCUUGGAAGAGAGCCAUUCGUACGUGCCGGGUGCCGUGUGAACACUUGUUACACCACAGCCGACCGUCUCCGCUUCCCUCUUGACCAGUUAGAUGCUGUCGCCUGGCACUUCAGGGCCCAGGACCAAACACUUCCAAGCCAGAGGUCAACCCACACUCGGUACGUGUUCGUGAUGCAGGAGUCGCCGAUGAACCUAUUCGGGGACCUACACCACUACGACGGAGUCUUCAACUGGACCCUUACCUACCGCCUUGACUCUGAUUUCCCGAGUCCACACGGCUUUGUAACGCAACGUAGUCAACACAGCAGCCAUGAUGGGGACGGGAGGGUGGACGUGGCCGAGUUGGUGGCCAAUAAGACCAAGUUAGCUGCCUGGUUCGUCUCUAACUGUCACUCAUCCAGCGGCAGGGAGAGCCUAGCUCGGACACUACAGAACUACUUCCCUCUGGACAUCUAUGGCAAGUGUGGUGUCCUUGAGUGUCCACGAGUACACCAGAACCAGUGCUACACGAUGCUACAGAAAGACUACAAGUUCUAUAUGGCUUUCGAGAACUCUCUUUGUCGAGACUACAUCACGGAGAAGUUCUUCGGCGUUCUUGAGUACUAUGUGGUGCCGGUAGUGUGGGGCUCCGGUAACUAUACAACUCAGGCUCCUCCACACUCCUUCAUCGACGCCUCCAGGUUCCCCAGCGUAUACGACCUGGCUCAGUACCUCCUCUACCUCCACCACAACGACACUGCUUAUAUGGAGUAUUUCAAGUGA